AUGAUCCGCUCUCUUGGAUUGCAAUUGCAAGCUUUCGAUUACGCAACUCAUACCGACGACGUUGGUAUCGAGUGGCGUAAAUGGUUGAAGUCGUUUGAAACGAUGGCACGAGCGAGCCGAAUCAACGACGAUGAGUGGAAAAAAGACUUACUGUUGCAUUACGCCGGCUCGACAGUUCAGCAGCUCUUCGAUACGUUGCCAGACUUGCCGGGCGAUGACAUGCGCGGCCCGUUGAUAAACGUAAACAAUUAUACACCGAACAUGACGUGCUACGAAGAGGCGGUUGGAAAGCUGAAUGCAUUUUUCCUUCCUAAGGAAAACUCGACUUACGAACGACACUUAUUACGCCAAAUAAAACAGAAGGCUGAGGAAAGUAUUGAUGCAUUCACAAUUCGAUUGCGUGUCCAAGCCGAGCGGUGUGGCUUCGGCGAUAGAGUCGAGGAAAAUGUGAAAAAUCAAAUCAUCGAAAAUUGCCAGUCGGCCGCUUUACGUAGAGAGCUACUUAAACGGGGCGAUGCUGACUUACAGGAAGUUUUGAAAAUAGCGAAAAUUUUCGAGACGGUGGCCUUUCAAGAAAAAUCUUCCAACAGAGAAGCUCUAAAACCCCAACCUAAUGAAGUGAACAAAAUUGAAGUAAAAUCAUCCUACGGUUACAAAAAGCGCUCUACGGAAACGACGCAAGUGGAAUGUCAUCGAUGUGGAUAUUUUGGACACAUGGCACGGGAUGAAAAGUGCCCGGCGAAGGGUAAAUCAUGCAAUAAGUGUAAUGGACGUGAUCACUUCGCGAGAAAGUGCCGCAAACGGAAGCAUUCGAUGCCACCCGUUGUUAAGCGUAAUGUUAUCUCGAAGGUGGCUGACAGUGUCAAUGAUGAGGCCAGGAAUCAAGGUUCCAGUACGGUUAACCAAAUUGUCAAUACUGAGACGGAAUAUGUAUUUAACGUGACGACCACCGACAACGAUGGCGAAGUGCAAUGUGAAAUAGGAGGUGUUACUGUUUCAGCGGUAAUCGACUAG